GUGCAUGCGUUUAUGUUUUUCACCGCUGACGGUUUCUCCUUCACGUGCAUCUUUCAAAAUGGCGGACGAGGACAUGGGAGAUUAUGAUGACGACUUGGAUGAUGUUGAAGAGGAUGAACCGCUAGAAGAUGUCGAUGAGCUAGAGGAGGCUGAUGACACAGCUAACAUCGCAGUCCUUCCUGCUUCAGAAGAAAGUCAGGAGCAGGUGAAGAGGAUAACAACACCUUACAUGACCAAAUAUGAACGGGCUAGAGUGCUAGGCACUAGAGCUUUACAAAUAAGUAUGGGGGCUCCUGUGAUGGUAGAAUUGGAAGGAGAAACUGAUCCACUGCAGAUAGCCAUGAAGGAACUCAAGGCAAGGAAGAUUCCCAUCAUUAUCAGAAGAUAUCUUCCUGAUGGCAGCCAUGAAGACUGGGGUAUAGAUGAGCUAAUUGUCACAGAUUAGUUGCUGUUGAAUAUCUGAUUUCCUUGUACUUAUCAAGGUGUAUCAUUAGGAUACCUGGGUGUGCUUGAUGAUUUUUUUGAUUGGGAGGUACAAAAGAUUUUUGAGAUGCAAAGAACUUCAGAAUUGUUUGGGUUGAAUCUCAACCCAAGGGAUUUUGUUUGGGUGUCCUUUUUCCCAUCGUAUAAGAUAAAGUGUCUCCCACAUGGGAAUACCCCUCCUUGAAUUGAGAUCUUUCUGCUUUCCUGUAAAAGAACAUACUGUGGCUCACUGAUGACACAUCACGUUGAAUUUUUUCAUUCUACUAAUAACAAAGACACUUGCAACCCUUUUUCUUUGUACAUAUUGUAACUAGUUGUACAUAUUUACUAGCUGAUAGGAUAGUCUGCUGUGACCAUGAGUUAACAAGAGUCUGAAAUUGUCUGAAUAGAUAUGAGAACAGAAUUGUUGACAAAUGACAUGCUCUCGCCUUCUUCCCCGAAUGCAACAUUUUACCCACCCCAAGUGCCCCUCUUACAUAGACAAAUGAAUAUUGUUAGGCAAUCAAACGUCGUAUUAUCCAUGUGCCAUAUUCAAUGCAAAUGCAUGCAGAUGAAAAUGAAACAAUCGACUCAUGGCUCAUGGAUAAUACAACAUUUGAACUUAGCCUAACUCACAAGUUUAGACUACUGUUUGUACUAGUAAAGUGAAUAACUAGAAAAAUGUAUUUAUACAAAUAGACCAUGAAGAACAAACAA